UGUUAAUCUUUAGUAACUGAGCAAAACCAAUGAAUGGCACGAUGCAAUCUCUCAAUCAUUUAGAUCAAUCAGUGGUUACAAUUCACGAUAUAAAUCAUUGUUUGCAAUCCAAAUGCUUCACUAAGAACAGAAAUAUUAGACCAGAUGAAACAUAUAUAUAGAUAUUCUGACCGCUUAUAGAUAUAUACAACAUAACAUAACUUACGCAUACUCAUUGUAUAGAACACAUCCAUAUAGACAGAAAACAACAUGAGAUUUGUAUGACUACCUUAAGCUGAUCAAUUCUAUAUUCUUCUCCUCAAUUGGCAUGGCAAAAAUUCUUUGGUGAAGCCUAAUCUGUGUUAUCAUUUUGGGUAUUGAUUGAAAAUCUUGUACAACAUUUACAGCAUGCAUUUAUCCCUGUUAUUAUAGAACAGUAUUUGCAGAUGUGGUUCAUGUAUCAGUUGUACUAUAAUUGAGCAGGCUUGCUUGUUUUUGUACUUAUGAUCACAGAGCAUCUCAUGGGAUAUGACAUUAAAAGCAUAAAGCACACACUAAAAGAAAUGAUGAUGUAUUAUUCUCCCCUUGAUAUAAACAGUUAGAUAACACUUGAAAUGAGGCUGUCACCUAAUAAAAUCUGGGGAAAAAAAAUACAAACAGUACCCAACCUAUGGCCGACUCCGAAUUUCUAUACCCAAGUUUUCAAAACUAUCACAAUGGUACCUAGGUUAUCUAGCGCGACCCAACAUUCAUACACGCUGUCUAUAACGGUGUUAAUUGUUAUGCUAGGUGGCAUAAUUUCAGGGAUAUUUUAGUCAUUCCAUGCCUUAAUCUUAGUUUUUAAUUUUUAUUAGUAUUUUUCUUUAACUGAAAUUUUUUUAUUAGUUAUGUAUUUACUUAUAAAGGAAUAUCAGCCCUUCAUUUCCACCCACUCUAAGAUCCUACGGCUAGAAAAAUAAAACCAUAAUUUUUGGCUUUCUAAUCCAUUUUCUCUUUCUUUGCCAAAAGAAAUCCAUUUCUCCUUCAUCUUCUCUAUCCCUUCUGAAACCAGAAGCCUACCUCUCUGUCAUAACCACCGCCACUGCCACUGCCACCGUCAUCAUCAAAAUCUCUUUACAGCCCCAGAAGAAAAGAAGAGGUAUCCCCACAGAUCCAUUCAUAAUUCUAUUGGAAAUUUUAUCUUGAUUAAUUAAUCAACUAGGCAUAAGAAGAACUGAACAAAUUUUGGUGGUCAAAUACUAGAUCAAUAUACAACAAGUCGGGAAGAGAGAGAGAGAGAGAGAGAGAGAGAGAGAGAGAGAGAGAGAGAGAGAGAGAGAGAGAGAGAGAGACAGAGAGAGACAGAGAGAGAGAACAAAUCGGGAAGAUAGAGAAAGAGAACAAAUCGGGAAGAUAGAGAAAGAGAGGCAGAGAUACAGAGAGAGGAAGAGAGCAAAGGGACUCAAGAAUAGGGCUGGAUAAGCCUAGUUUUCACUGUAUGGCCUGCACAAUUGACUUCAGCUGCCUAGACGAAGACUUCGGUGGCAAAACCUACGAGCGCAGGCGGAACCUCGAAGUCGCCGCCGACUACGAAGAUGCCGCCAUGAAAAUCGACGCCGCCUACCCACCUCCGGUGAAGCGAUCUGCGGUGUCCUCCUCGGACAAACCAGUCUUCGGCCGGCCGAGCUACGACGUCGUGAUCGCCGGGAAGGUCUCCGGGCGGAAGUGGAAGCAGCCGCGGAAGCAGAGGUCGUCGGCGGUUCAGGUGAGCCGGAAGGGGACGACGUUCGAGGAGAGGGAGAAGAACAAGUCGGUGAAGAAGGCGUACAAGGAGAGAAUGGCGGAGCCGAAGGGGGAGAUUAAGAGGAACAAGGAGGAGAAGAGGAGGAAGAGGGAGGAGAGGGAGAAGAAGAAGAAGGAGAAUAUUCUCAAGACUGGGAGCAAGCUGCAGAUUAUUUCCAAAAAAAGGGUUGGGGUAAGUAAAUGACGCAAAUACCCGUCAAAUACACACGGGUUAACGCCGUCCAUGACGGCAGGUACAUAUGUUGGGUCGGGCGAGAUAUUUGGGGUACCAUUGUGAUAGUUUUGGAAACUUGGGUACAGAAAUUCGAAGUCGGCCAUAGGUUGGGUACUGUUUGUAUUUUUUUCCCUAAAAUCUGACUAACCUCAAAUGUUUGGGAGAUACUAAUGCACAGCUAGCCGCUAAAAAGGCUUUUUAGCAAUACUCCAAACCCUUUCGCAUAGUAUGAUUAGUACUCCUAAUUCAAUUCCUUUUAUUUGUCUAAAACGUUAUGACAGCACCAAAUUGAUCAUGUUGUCAUUUUCUUAGACCUCCCAAAGCUAAUCCCAACGGCACUUAGAAAUUUCAACUGCACAGGUAACAUGAUAGCUUCUUCAGCAGGAUUUCAAAAAGGAUCCCAAGGCUGCUCCCUUUAUCCCACGUUUGGUGCAUUUUAGUCUUGCACACCUUGUCACUUCCGCCUUCACAUUUUUAAUAGUUUCAUCUUUAUAGAACACUUGUGGUGCCCAGUUCAAAAUCAAUAACAUUUAAUCUAGUAGCAUACCCUUUAACAGCAAUCAGGUAAGCGGGAAAUAUCAAUCACUUUCUUGAGUAUUGAGUUAUUGACCCUAAACCAUUAUUCUCAAACCAAAUCUGGACAUAUUGAUCCAUUUUUUGCUUUCAAAUAAAACAUUGAAACGGAAAUAGACUUCCAAGGUCAAAAGAUACAGAAUCAAAUAAGUAACUUAGUUCAAAAGGAUCCACUUUACAUUUCGAAGAAAACAAUGAAGCAUAUCCAAUAGACUUUAAAGUUCAAAACGGAUGCAAAAUUAUAUCAGGCAUGCAGAUCUGAAAAUAUUAUAGUUACAUGUCAUAUUUGAUUGAUAUUGAACUGAAAUAUACAUUGUAAUGAAGUAACUAACAUAAAUAACAAUGUGGUUAAGAUCAUAAUUCAAUGUCAGUGGUUAGAAUGAGUAUAAGAUUGAGUGGG